GCGGUACCGGGGGCGGAGCGCUCUGCCCCCGCCCCGGUGUGCGCGGCGCCCGCCAUGGCGCUGGGCUCGGCCUGGAAGCGGGUGUCGUGGCUGUACUACCAGUACCUGCUGGUCACCGCGCUCUACAUGCUGGAGCCCUGGGAGCGCACGGUGUUCAAUUCCAUGCUAGUUUCCAUUGUUGGAAUGGCACUGUACACGGGCUAUGUGUUCAUGCCUCAGCACAUCAUGGCAAUAUUGCACUACUUUGAAGUUGUGCAGUGAUGAAGAACGUAUUUUCAAGAAGUAAUCAGGCUCUGAAAUCUGGUCGACAAAGAAGAAUGAACCUCUCAGUUUUAACAAGACUUCUACCAAUGUCAGAAAGACACGAUCAUGACUCCGAAGACUAGCAAGCGAGAUAUGUAGAGCAGGGACGUGAGCUGUCCCCUGUGUUGUGUGCAUUCCUUUUAAUUUUACAAGAUAUGCCCUUGUAUAGUAGUUUUGUCUACUUUAACAUUGUGAUUGUACUUUGAUAUCAGUAUUUUCUUAACUUUGUGACAGUUUCAAUAUUGCACUGUGAAAGCUUUUCUUAAUUGUAAUUUUGAGUAAUUUUGAGUAAAUCUUAAUUGCCUUCUAUUUUUAAUCAGAAUUCAUCCUAUUAAAUGGGGCUUAAAGCUUUUGCUAUUGUUUGGUAUGUAUUUGCCUGGAUAUUUCUAUUAACGUGUUUUGUAAGAAAAUACAUCUAGAUUCAUAUUAGUAACAUGGAUAUAUUCAUCUAAUGCUAUUUACAGAAGUUAGUUUGUAUGACUGAACUCAGGUGUACUGUUUGCUGUCCAAACUUUGAACAACAGUAUAUUUGUGCAUACGACCUAAAUUUGGAAUUAGCAGUUAUUUCAAGUUUCUAUAUUCCACCUGUUUGAGAAGGGAGAUGAGGCAUUGAGGCAGAGCAACGACUGCAUUUGUUAUAUUUAGCGUGGUGCUGUGGUUCUGGGCUUUAUCUAGUGGGGGGGGGAAAACUUUUAUUUACUGACAUAGACCCACAUAAGGCUUUUGGGAUAGCACUUUAAAUCAACCCUGUUUUUCUAGAUACCAAUUCAUUUGUACUUUUACAGGAUGCUUUAUCAUGUUCCAAUGCUUAUGGUUUCUGCUAAUUUUGACUCAACAGUGUAACUAUGUCUAGGUUUUAAAGGGGUUUUCUAUUGCUGCUAGUGUUCCAAACAUGUUCUCGCUACCAACAACCAAAAUGUAGGGAUUUAAAUGGACUUGAGUUACAACUACAGCAAUAAGUAGCUGAAUACUUGGCUGAAGUCCGGUCUUUUUUUAAUAAGGAUUUUUUUCAGUUUUGUAUUCUGAAAUGUAAGAUGGUGACAACUUAACUUUCCUAAGUGGAGGAUUUUUUUUGUUGUUGUUGUAUAAAAAAAAUAAAA